UCCGGAAGUGGUGCUAAGGCGCUUUCCGGUGUCGGUUGUCCGCCAUGGCGGCGACGCGGCUGGAGUUGAAUCUGAUGCGGCUGCUGAGCCGGUGCGAGGCGCUGGCAGCGGAGCGGCGGGAUCCCGAGGAGUGGCGGCUGGAGAAGUACGUGGCCGCCCUUGAGGACAUGCUGCGGGAGCUGAAGAAGCAGUCCAGCAAGCCUGCCCCAGAACUGCUCAAUGAAUACACACGUAAAGUAGACUUUCUAAAGGGACUUCUAGAAGCUGAAAAAUUGUCUUCAUCAACUGAAAAGGCACUGGCGAAUCAGUUCUUAGCCCCUGGACGUACUCCUACUACAAUCAAAGAGAGAACCCCAGCUACCAAAACAGUUCAUCUGCAGACAAAGGCUCGUUGCACAGGCAAGAUGAGGAGUGAGCUGCUUGGUACAGAUCCCUUGGCUAUCAGUGAUUCUGAGGAGCUGAACAUAAGGAAGCGGAAAGGCCUUGCAUCUGAUGAGAAGCAGUCAGCAGUGGAGCUGGAUGCUGUGUUACAGCACCAUCAAGACAUGCAGGAAAAGUUAGCAGAGGAAAUGCUAAGUUUGGCUCGCAGUCUGAAAAACAACACUUUGGCUGCACAGAAUGUGAUAAAACAAGACAACCAGACGCUGUCCCACUCUCUCCGGAUGGCAGACCAGAACUUUGAGAAGCUGAAGGAUGAAUCUGACCGCCUUGAACAGCAUGCGAAGAAAUCGGUCAACUGGCUGUUAUGGAUAAUGUUAAUUGUUGUUUGUUUUAUAUUCAUCGGUAUGAUUCUCUUUAUCAGAAUAUUCCCCAAACUAAAAUGAUUUUUUUUUUUAAAGUGUCACAAGUCAGAAGACUCAGCUGGUGUGAUAAGUAUUAGUAAUCAUUCUUGCCACCUGUCGUGUCCUGGAGGCCUCCCCUCCCACCUUUUAUGUGCAGUUGAUAAAUUCCAUGACAGGUUUCAUGGAGAGCAUUUUGGGUACUUUGUUACAUGUUUUUCCCAAGUUAACAUCGUUGCCUAUUGAGGGAAGAAUGGGGUUAAAGAUAGCAGUUCAUACUGUGCUCCUAAAAAAUUCCUUAGCAGAUAGGUACAGUCCUCUGUUUUUAACGUGGUUGUGGCAAGUGUUACAACUUCUGAAAGGUAUUACUCAAUAAGGAUAUAAAUAAUGCUCUGUUGAAGUCUUAAUUUUUUCUUUAACAGCUUUACUGUGCUGUGCUAGAUCUUGCUGCCAACAGGAUAUUUAAUUACAAGGUUGUGUACAUACACAGCUGUAGGGUGUAGGAAAAGAACGCUGCUAUUGAGUUGCUAUCCUGGCUUGGAUUCAGAGACCGCCGACAGGUAAAAUUAUUCUCAGGCUCACCUUCUGCUCAUAGGAAUGUUUGUGUUUGCAGACUUCUUCAGUUUAGUGUUACUGUGGAGGGGCUGAAGUUGUUUGCUUCCCUUUUCGAUGCAUAGCUGUUGUCACUUAUUGUCGGUUAUGUUUUGCUCUUGCAUAAGAAAACGCAGUGGCCGUGGCAGUGUGAACUGUGCACACAGUGCACUCCAUCCAUUACAGACCUCACCUGUACAAAUAUUUCAAGGAAGCUGCUGUUUUCGAGACAGAAAUGGAAAGAGGGUGGGAAAAAGAAAUCAGCUGUCACCUCUUGGGACAAAUUCUGUGGUCAGAAGUUUCCUUGUCUAAUUAGGAUUCCUAAGAGAGAACUGUGAUAAAACUAGAGAAAACUUCUUCAGAUGUUACAGCUUGAAGAAAGUAGCCCACAAUAAAGCGAGGUUGGUGGUAACAGUCUCAUAGCCAUUCUCUGGUGCUCGUGAUUUAGCUGGAGCCGUUCUGCACCUGUGUUCCUUCUGGAGUUACUCUGAAGCUGUGGGUGUUGAUGUGUGUGCAGUGUUGCACGUGGAGGAGCUGAAGAGCCGCCCGUGGCUGCUGUGCUUUUCGCCAUUUGCUCCUUGGGACCACGAGGUGGGGGUGUUUCAGCUUCUCUGUGCGUGGAUCACAGCGGAGGGGACGGGAGGGGGGAAAGACUGACAACGGUUGUGUGCUCACGAAAAUCGAGCUGUUUUCCGAAUCCAUCCCAACGCAGCAGCUCCAUCAGAACGCCUUUGUAUUUUACAGCAUCUUCCAACUGAAUAAAAAUGCAUCGUUGUGACGA